AAAAUCGAGAUCGCGCGCAUUUUUCUUUUAAUAUGGCGUCUUCCUGUCACGUGAUUAAUUGUAGUUCCCCCACACCCGAGUCGGAGAACAGAUGGCGCUGAAGCUGCUUCUUCCACGUUUUUCAAGUUGUUGUAAUUGAGAAAUACGUUUUCUGAAAAAUAUUAUUAUGGAGACGAACAAUUUGGUAGAACCCAAGAAGAAGGUUAAAAGAGGAAUAAUAUAUUUGUCCACAAUCCCAAAAUAUAUGAACGUCGCAAUGAUCCGAGAGAUUUUCUCGGCUUACGGGAAAGUGGACAGAGUGUAUUUACAACUGGCCGAAAAUGAUGCACAAUCGAUUAAAAAGAAGCGGAAAAAGGCAAUCAAGUAUUUCACUGAAGGUUGGGUGGAGUUUGAAAGUAAGAAGGUAGCAAAAUUUGUAGCAGCAACAUUAAACAACACUCAAGUAUCUACGAGAAAGAAAAGCAGGUUCUACGAUGUUAUGUGGAAUAUAAAGUACUUGCCUAGAUUUAAAUGGAUUCACUUGAGUGAGCGCUUAGCAUAUGAACGUGCUGUGCAUAAACAAAGACUUUUAACCGAAAUAGCACAAGUUAAGAGAGAAGUUAACUUUUUCUCGUAUAAUGUAGAUAGGAGUAAAAAGUUACUUAAAAAACACAAGCAAGGAGAAGAGACAACUUUCGAAUUACCUGAAGUUAAACAGAGGGACACUGAUAGUGAGAUAAGGAAUAGGAAAGCAGAAACAAUAGAUGAAAAGGAUAGAACAGAGUUCCUUAAAUCGAUAUUUGGAUAAAAUUUGAUGUAUAUAUAGGUAUUGUAUAGUUAUAUAGCAAUUUAUUUAUGAAAAGAAUAUAAAAAGGAACUUGA